ACUUUCGUCAAAAAUGUUUUGUUUAUAAUUUGCAUGACAACAAUAUGGCGGCUACCGCUCCAGCGACGGAAGCAAAAACAACAGUUUUCAUAGGUAGUUCAGAUGAAGAUAAGGCUUGUGCUAAAUUGUUUUGGCAGUCUGUUAAUUUGCAUCCUACUAUUGAAUCAAGACUAGUAUCAGGAGAUAUGAGACAGCGUUUACCUAUUGCGCCUCGGUCUGGUCAGUGUAAGUCAUUCGAACUAGAAGCACAUCUUCAAAAGGCUCACAAGGAGACUAUUUAUGAAGAAAGUAAAAGAAUUACAAAUCAGGCUUUAGGUAGAGAAGCUAAUCUUGCACUACUUGAAAAGAGGAAGAAAGAGCGACAUGAUAAGGAAAUGUUGUCAAAUCAGAAAAGACGAGAGCGCCACCAGGCGAAGCUUAAAGGAAAUUACAUGAAUGAUGAGGAGUUUAACGAGGAUAGCGAUGAUGAUGCUGUGACUGCAAUGAAAGAACUUGAUAAAUUUGAACAAAGACUUCUUAAAGAAAAGCCAAAUCUUUGAUUGUGCAAAUACUUAUAGCAGGCCAAGGCUAAAAAUACUCUAUACCAGGCCUAUGUUGAGAAUCGGUGUGGGAGUCACUUUGGAUGUGGGCUGCAUUUCCACAUCUAUCAAAGAAAUUAGGAAUUUUGGCAGUUAAGACGGGGAAGAGAAGGGGAAGUUGAAUCAUAUGUUUAUAUUUAAUAAUAAUUAUAUUUCCUAAGGAUUGCUGCAGAAGGGAAUAUUAUUUUUUUAUUGUAUGCAGUACUGUACUAUUUUUUGUUUAUUUUCCUGCAUUAUAAUUUGGAGGCCUAUUAAUGAUGUGAAGUGCAAAAAGGCACUGCACAAUAUGGCUAUAUAAAUGUAAAUUAUUAUUAUUUUUAUUAUUAUUAUUUAUUUAUUUAUUUAUUAAUACUAUUAUUAAUAAACUCAACACAAUAACAUUAACAAAA